AUGAGUGGCCUUGAGAACUCACUUUUCCAGCUCAAGUUUACGGCCAAGAGCCUGCAACGUCAGGCCAAAAAGGCCUCCAAGGACGAAGCAACCGAGAAAGCCAAGCUCAAGAAGGCGCUUGCGCAAGGGAACCAGGAGGGCGCUCGGAUCUAUGCAGCCAACGCGAUCAGGAAGAAGAAUGAAGGACUGAAUCUCCUCAGAUUAGGAAGCAGAAUCGAUGCGGUCGCGAGCCGAGUCGAAACGGCUGUGACGGGAAGUAUGGCGAGUGUGGUCAAGGGUAUGGAUCGAGCUAUGGAGAGCAUGAACCUAGAGAAAAUCUCCAUGGUCAUGGACAAAUUCGAGACGCAAUUCGAGGACAUGGAUGUGCAGACAUCGUACAUGGAAGGAACCAUCGGCGCCAGCACGGCUAGCGCCACGCCACAGGAUCAGGUAGACACGCUCAUGCAGCAAGUAGCCGAUGAGAACGGCAUCGAGAUGAAUCACAAGCUCGGCGAAACCGACUUGGACGGCAAAGUCAAAGAGAAUCUCGAGCGGGAAAAGGCUACGGCAGCCAGAGAACCGCAGGCCAUCAAAGAGGGCGACGAUGACCGGCUUGCGGAACGGCUCAGGGCACUUCGACCGGCCACUUAA